AAAUCCAGUGGAGAGUCAGACGAGUGCCAUCUUUUAGAUGGAUUGCAAGUAAAAUCUAGAGUGCGAGUCUUCAUUUUUUUUUGUACAUUCAGAAAGAAUAAAUAACAUUCCUAAAUAGCAGUCAAAAAAUUCAAUUAAAAAAAUGCCAGUAAUUAACCCAGCAUUAGUGAAUGUUUUCGGAUUUUGGGGUUCUGUUGUGAUCCUGAAACUCCUGGCUAUGAUCCCACUGACCGCACGACAGAGAUUCAGAAAGAGGGUAUUCGCUAACGAGGGAGAUACCCGUUUUACGCCAAAAUCAAAGGUGGUUUAUGACGAUCCAGACGUGGAACGAGUUCGUAGAUGUCAUUUGAACGACUUGGAAAACAUUCUUCCUUGGUUUAUCAUCACUUAUAUUUAUCUUGGAACUAACCCUUCAGUUUGGUUAGCAAGCAAUUUAAUGAAAGGAUUCGUUUUAUCAAGAAUUGCUCACACUCUGUCCUAUGCUGUUUAUCCUACACAACCUGCGAGAGCGAUUGCAUUUUUCAUUGGCUACUUGAUUAUGGGAUAUCAAGCUAUUGUCAGCCUGCUUCAUUAUAUGUAAAUAAAAUGAAAAAAGGUAGAGAAAAUGUUUCUAGAAUGUAAAAUCUUCACUUCCAAUUAUUUAUAAUUAUAUUACGAGGGAAACAAGAUCAAAAUUAUGAUAAAUAAUUAUGAUCUAGAGAGAAUGUGUAAUCAUAAGAAGUAUUUUUAUAACCUGAAUUAUAAUCUUAAUAUUUAUAGUAGCAGGUUUAGUGUUACCUAUUUUUGGAUAUAGAUUUUAUAUGCAUGAUUUUGUAACAGAAUAUUAAGAAUUUUGGAAAAUAGUUAUGCAAAAUGAUUAUUAAAUGGCAUUAUACAACAUUUAA